AAUCGGCGGCUUCGGCUUCUUCCAAUACAAUCGGAGUGAGUUGCCCAACUCGCUCAGCUUCCGAUUCGCCAAUACAACCUGGAUCAAGCCCCGAGACUCAGACUCGCCUCCUUCUUCCUCAUUCAAUCUCACCAGUCAGGUCAAAAUCUUCUGCAACUAUUACUUUUCACAGUAGUCACCGCGAUCAGCAAUGGCUUAUCGUCGUAGUCUCUCGACGAGAGCCACUAUUGUAGCUCGGCAAUGCCACCCCUCGGUUUUUCACCUUCUCCGCGACGAUGAUCACAAGUCUCGGCCCGUUAAUGGAGAUUUUUCUACACAUGAUUCGAAUACUUUUCUCCAGAAGAGGUUUUUUGGAAAUGGAAUUAGUAAAAUUGGUUCUGGGGGUUUUGGUGGGUUUGCCCAAGAUAGAAGAUUUUCGAAAGCUUUAAUCUCAUCCAGCUCUGGUUUUGCUUUCCACCGUUAUAUGUCGACGAACGUUGAUGAAGGGUCUGUCAACUUUGGGAUAGUGAAUGACGUGGCAGAGGUCCUCAGUGAUGCAGCAGUACAGGUUGCGGCUUCUCAGGCCCCUGCGGUGGAUGAAGUGGCCAUUGCUGCUGCAGAUUCUUAUUUACCUGUUCAGUUGUUGCAGUAUCUUAUUGAUGCGGUUCAUACUUAUGGUGGUUUGAAUUGGUGGGCUGCAAUUGCUGUAACAACUCUUAUGAUUCGAGGGGCAACCAUUCCACUUUUAAUAAAUCAACUCAAAGCUACCUCGAAGCUAUCUAUUAUGAGGCCUCACUUGGAGGAUGUUAAGCAACAAAUGCAGGAAGGGAACAUAAGUACCAUUGAAGGUCAAAAGAGAAUGCAGAAGAUUUUUCACGAAUAUGGUGUUAGCCCCUUCACUCCACUAAAAGGCCUCUUCAUUCAAGGUCCUGUCUUCAUCAGUUUCUUCCUUGCGAUAAAUAAUAUGGCAGAAAAAGUUCCGUCCUUUAAAGGUGGUGGAGCCUUCUGGUUUGUAGACCUCACAAUUCCAGAUGCUUUAUACGUACUUCCAGUUUUGACAGGAUUGUCGUUUUUAAUAACAGUAGAGUGCAACAUGCAAGAAGGUUUGGAAGGAAAUCCUAUUGCUGGUACCAUGAAAAAUGUUUCAAGGGGCUUGGCAAUUGUGACAGUUCCAUUCACAGCGAGUUUUCCACAGGCUAUAUUCUGUUACUGGAUUACAUCCAACGUCUUUUCUCUUUUUUAUGGUCUUGCCCUUAAAAGACCUGGCGUAAAGAAGUUUCUUGGUAUUCCUGAAGUACCAGUUGAGGCAAGUACUGCUCAACAAUCAACCCCGCCUACCUUUGCAUCAUUGUUUUCGUCGAUGAAACAAUCUGCGGCAGUUUCAGCCACGAAACAAUCUGCAGCAGUGACACAGGAACAAAUCUCGACCCCUGCUGAAUCAUCAAGGCUUACUGACCGAAGAAUUUCAUCGACCUCGGUUAUUAGCCAGAGGCUUAAAAGUUUAGAAAAGCAAGUAAAGGGAAGGAAGAAAAACAAAAAGAGGUAGGAGAUCUUUUCAUAUCUGGAGAACCAAGCCUUCAAGAUGACUUGUGAGGUUUUUUUUGCUUUGGCUCUAGUGUAAUAUUCUUUUAACAGUGUCAUAGUCAAAAGACGAGGUUUAGUUAAUAUCUCUAAUGGAGGAGAGAAAGAGGUCCUAAUAAGUCAAGAUCUAUACUAGAUUGUUUUUUACUUUCAAGUAAUCAUUUUUAUAUAAACUUUCCACAUUUUCUUUAAUGAACACUAUAAUACAUCAAUGCACUUUUGACACAACUCCUACAUUGUUGGGAUCAAUGUAAUUUUCUUCUAGACAAUUGUCUAAAACAGAAUACUAUUAAAUUGAAUAAGACAUCAAAUUCACAGUA